AUGACUCGUCUAUCUAACGUGUUAAUGCUUCUUAGCGUCGUGGGCAGCUUUGCGGCUGCUCAAUAUGAUCAGGAGAAGCAGAACAAGGAUGCCACCUGCAACAAUAAUUGUUUCUUCAAGUACUUUACCAAUAAAUGCAACGCCGAUAACCCGGCGUGUGUCUGUACCCUCAAAGACAUGCGCGAGAAGUUCUUCUGCUGCAUCGCUGACAAUUGUGCUGAGAACGUUCUACCAGAACAAAUUGAGAGAUCUUCGAAUGAUUGCGAUGCUCACGGCAUUCCUUUCACUUUCGACGCUGAAGCUGUUUGUGGAAUUAAAUUGCCUGUUUCGUCUGAGACAGUCUCUGUUUCGGUGACUACCUCGGAAGCUACUACUGUUUCCAAGGCAAAGGCCACUGAGGCUGUAACUACGACUGAGGAGACAACAUCGGCGAUGGCCACGGUUGCGGCUACUGAGAGUUCGGUGGCGAGUCAGACUACUUCCGCGGCUGCGGCUACUGUCACGGAUAAUAGCGCUUCGAGAGCGAAGGGUAUGGUUGCGGCGGCUGCUGUUGCGCUUGGUGUAUUUAUUUAA